AUGUCUCUAAAAGAGUUGGUCGUGAUUUGUAUUCUCCUGUCGUUUGUUGGUCAUUCCGACGGAUUUUGUUUCUUCCAUAUUCAAUGUCGAUAUUCGUAAGAUUUCUUGUAUAAGGACCAGUUUUUUGUGGAAGUGAUUUUAUAUUUUGUCUUGGCCAAUUCUGAAGAAAUAUACAUUUUUGUUAAUUUUCGGAAAGCCUGAAUGAGAUUGAUCUCUGUAUGUAAAAUCAUUUUGAAUAUCCUCGCUUUGAUAGUUCUUAGUUUCCUCUUUUAGAUGCGGUUACAACGCUGUUGCUAAAUGCACCUUCGUCGGAUGUCUUUGCACCCCAAUUCCCGGCAGCGAUGAGUCAGACCGCAAAGUAAUGAAGACAAACCGUCUUCUUGAUUGA